CCCAGAAGCUGUCAGACAAUUCAAUUCUAAAGCCGACAAAAGGCAUUAUAUUUAUCCUUCCUGCACUGAAGGCAUGGAAAUAGAGGAUUAUGCAUGGAUGGCAAAUUACAAUCAAAGAGCCUUGCUGGUCAGGGUUCUAUGCAAUUUAGAAGACACACAAUGUUGCAGGUCACAGGACAAUACAAUUGAAAGUGUAAAAUUUUUCACUAGAGAAAAGGAUCAGUCUGAGACAUCAGAAGUAGUGUAUGAUUGCCACGAUUCCUUUGAUCAAAGACCCUUGGAUAAUUUUUAUGAGACAAUAAACUCUUUUUUGGAACCAUUUGAGCAAUCUGAUAUUACAUCAGAAUACUGGAAGGAUAUAUUCAGAUGUCUAGAGCUAUAUGACUUUAAGUAUGAAAAAGUUGACAAAGUAGAAAUGUGGUUACCCAAAAAGAAUCCAAUGUCUGACAAGGACUUAGAAGAGGCAUAUGCAAAGAUGUCAACAGAACAGAGACAAUAUGUUUCAUCAUUUAAGACAGCAUUACAAACAGAUAUGAAUAAUGGUCGAGCUAAAAACUGGAUUGAGGUAUUGAUGAAAAUACUUCUGAGAUGUCUUGGGAGUGAUGAUAUGUGUGGCUCUGCCACAAAUCGGCAUGACAGCAUCAACACUGCAUUGGAGACGGUUUUUGGCGAUCUUGAUACCCCGUUCACACAGAUGGAGUAUAAUGCACCUUACUCUAGUACACCCUCAAGUACCUCUUCAUCUUUAUCAAGCCAGUCUUCAUUAAAUCUGGAGUCAUCAGAAACUGAAUCUUCACCGGGUUGUAUAGAGGAAGUCAAGGUUUCAAGACACACAAUAGUUCCAGAUUACUGUGUCGUGCUGCCUAAUUUUCCUGGUAUCUUUCCAAUAGUUUUUGAACUGAAACGUGCACAUCAGGAAUCUCAUGCAAUCUUCCAAAAUAUACAACAAAUGUUGUCUAAACUUUUCUACCAGGAUGUUGUGUUUGGCAUAGUUGUUUCACCCAGAUUAUUUCAACUAUCAGUUAUUAUAAAACAGGGAAAAGAUCUUCAUUUUGCAAGUACAAACAAUAUUUACAUUUACAAAAAUAAGAAUCAAGUUAAAACACUUGAUUUGGGAGAAUUGAAUAAAAUGUAUACUUUUAUUUAUCGAGUGUUAAAGUGGGCAAGGAAAACUAAAUGCUUGUUGAAAAGUCAGGACAGAUGUGAGGGAAAAGAGGACAGCUGUAAUGGAAAAGGAUGAAUUUAAAAAACCCUCAACAAUAUUUUUUUUUCAAGUCAGAAAUUUCACAGUUAAUAGAUGUAUAAGAGACUAAGUUUGAUCAAGGAUUUGUAUAUAGUGUUUGCAAUUAUCGGUUUAUUACACUAUUUGACACAUCUAGUAACAUCACAUGACUCUUAAGGAAUACUUUACAAGUCCAGAAGAUGGCAUUGAAUGUAACAUACAGGAUUUCUUUCUUCAUUAAAUUUGAGCAAAUUAGUGCGUAAAAAUACAUUAAAAGAAAAAAAAUAUAUUACAAUUUAUAGAUUGGGCACAUUUUUAGGUCCAUUAAAGCAUUGAGACAAAUAUUUCCAUGCAAAAACUACCAUAUUAAUGAAAUUAAAAGUUAUGAUUAUCCAAUUUCAAGUAAACUAUAUUAUGGACUUUGAUAAAUAACCUGGUCACUGACUGAUAUUUUAUAUGCAAGAAUUUGCAUAACUUAAAUGCAAUAUUAAAAUUUACUAUUAAAA